AGUACUGCUACACGGGAACACAUCUUAACACGCACUGCUUUAGGGCAGAAUGAGAGUUGCAAUAGCCUGGGCCGGAUUCUGCGGCGAACAUGCUGAGAUACUGACUCGGAUUCGAAACUCCGUGGACCCAUCCUAGUUUGGCAGCUGGUCAUCAAUAUUCAAUCCCUCGCGCACGCGUAAACAUGCCGCCCUCGCACUCUGCUCCCCAUUCCCACCAUCCUCAUUUUGACUACAUCGACAUCCGACAUUGGCAUCUCCGAGCACUCCCACCACGACACACAUAUCUGACAAAGCUCCGCCCUGCUAGCGACGGUCCGAGCAGUACCACAGCGAUCUCGACCACAUUAAAAACAGCAACGUAGAGGAGAUGGCUGCCUGGGACGAACGGAUCAGGGAGUACCCCCGAUCCGUCGACGACUAUCUGUCUAGCAUGGUGCCAUCGCAUACGACUGUCCCCAGAUGUCCACCGACCGGUGGACUGUUCAAGGUGGUCCCGAUCGACAACGCCGAAGUGAAGAUGCAUGACCCACUGGUGAAGGCACUGAGUCAGCUAGUCAGCUCAUUUCCGCCCGACACGCGGCCUCAGUUCCACAACUACGGCCAUAACAUCAUGAAAUUCCCGUUUGGGACAUACGAGUCCGAGCAACAUCCAACCAAGCCGGACGUAAUCGCGACGAUGCCAGCGCUAUCCGCUGUAGAACCAGCUUACCAGUGGAGAGACGUCACAUUGGUGUUCGUACUCCAGUCAGAGGUACCCGAUGACCCGGUGAAGAAUCGCGCGACCACGCAUGGGGCGACACUGGCGCAGCUUGCGCAGAGCGCGCGGAACAUCAUGCUCUCGCAGGGGAGGCUAUUCGCGUUUGUCGUUGGCAUAUACGGGGACCAGGCUCGAAUCUUCCGCUUCGACCGCGUGGGAGCGAUAUGUUCGCCUCGAUUCGAAUACAAGAAGCGUCCAGAGAUAUUCCACGAGUUCUUGUGGCGACUGCUCCAUCCCAGGCUAUCCGGGUGCACAGUCGUUGGAGAGGACCCUACGAUGAAGCCAGGUACCAGGGCGGAUCUAGAUCUGGUGCACUCGCUGGAGAAGAACCGCGAUCCCGACUGGGUCAGCACGGACGAGACACCGAAGGCGGUGCGGCGAAUCACAGUGACGGACAAGCAGAAGCACGAGACGACGUAUCUGACGUACAAGCUGCUCUUCGUAAACCCGGAGUUGUUCUCACGAGCGACGCUCGUAUGGGAGGCGUACAAACUCGGCGAAGAAAAGGAGAAUAAGGGUAGGAGGUACGUCGUGAAGGAGUCAUGGCGGCAGUCGGGUCGUUUCCGCGAAAGCGACUUCUAUGAGGCGCUACGAGACGCCACGAGGGGCGAACCAAUCUUCGGCGUGGCUUCUUUCAUCCACGCCGAGGAACUCGGUGAUCGCGAUGAGGAAGAGCGGGAACGAGAGGCGAAUGCGCGGCGCCUGAGAUCGCAGAGCCGUGCACCUCCGGGCAUGAAAUUAGUCGGUUACCGGACCAUCGCAGGGGCGCACAACGCACCGGAGAUGGGGCGGCUGAACGAACGGAGCCAUACACGGCUCGUCUUGGAGACGGUCGGUACGCCCCUCGCGCAAUUCAAGCGUACGAAGCAGCUGGCCAUGGCGCUGCGAGACGCCAUAGAGGGACAUCGGCGGGCGUACGAGGCCGGGGUCAUCCACCGCGAUAUCAGUGAAGGGAAUGUGAUGAUCGCUCCAGAGGGUGCCGCCUUCUCAGGCUUCAUCCAGGACCUCGACUACAGUUUCAACUGGAAGUGGUUCCUAUAUAGGCGCAAAAUGCAAGUGGAUCUCGCCAAGUGGGAGGAGUACUGUGUUCAACACGGUUACGAGCCGCGCAGCAAGGAGGAUCCAGACAACGACUCCAAGGAGCGCACAGGCACGGUCUACUUUAUGGCCAUUGAGAUCUUGCGGAGCGAGAUUACCCACGAAGCGCGCCAUGACUUAGAGUCGUUCUACUGGCUCCUUGUCUUCAUCGUGCUCCGACACACAAAUCAUGACCACAAAAGGGGGAUGGCGCUUUUGCACACCAAACAAUCUUGGCUAUCGAGGGAGGUGCCUCCUUUAAAAGUACCUGGGAACGAACCAUUGACGUCGUUACUCGAAAACCUUCGUGUUGCGUUUACCGGCAACUUUCGCCUGCGCCGCGUAGGCGUAGAGCACAGAACGCAUCGCGAAAUACUCGAUAUCUUCGAUAAGGUGCUAGCUUCAAACGUGGUCUGGCCGGAGAACGACGCUGCCCUGGAGUGGAAACUUCCACAGACUGCGACAUUACCGCCAGAGAUGGCGAAGUCUGUGUGCCAGUCAGUGCAGCCGGGCUCUCUGGAUCCAAGGACGGGUGCCAACAGAGAAUUCCCCUGCCCGCCCGUCACCCCGCUCCAAGGUGCAUCCGAUCAUCCACAGCGAGAUGACGAUCAACAAGGCGCAAUUGCAGGUGUCUCACGCGGGGAUGGCGCUGGUGGGCAGGUCCAACAAGGGGCAGGCGAAAAGGACAGUGCGGUCACACAAGUAGCUGUCGACGAGCCGACAAAUGAAGAAACUGCGUUCUGGCAGCAUAGACUGGCUUCCGUUCAGCCGGCGGUGCAACCCAAGCCCAGUACCUCACAACCGCGCGCACGGAAGGAGACUCGAGCACAGGUCGGCAGAGGGGCAAAGAGCGGUCGUCGUGCCGAAUCGCCGCCAGCGGCGAAGCGUCCAGCAACCCGCAAGAGAGCAGCUCCGAGUCGCAACGCCGAGACGUGGCUGGCCAGCCAUGUUAACGCGAACGGUGCACUGUCAGGUCAUCGCUACAAUCUCCGUUCGCGUGUGCAGACGACGUCGAAGCAGCGGGACACCGGCUUGAGCGUCAGCAAUGUGAGGAAGCGCAGCCGUCCGAGAGAGGAGCCUGAUAGCAUCCCAGAAGACCUAGGCUCGCAGUCGUCGAAACGGCAGAGGAUUCUCAUUGGUCAACCUCGAGGCAGGAGGACGUCGAAGAAGGGAAGGAAACCGUGA